GGCGUGCAAUCAGGCAAUGAGGUGGGUUACACCAGGGUUAUUCCUUGAGUGUGCGACAGGGGAUCCGAUACUGUAACACCUUGCGGAAUGUGUACCAAACACGAUAUCCCUUUGUCACUUCGUUAAUCAAUAUUAUUUUCACUUAGGGCAGGUACUGCCUUUCUCAUGGACAUGAGUGGAUAAGGGUGAAAUAAGCAUAGAUAUACGGCGUGGAGACAAGAUGUUGUAGUCAUAAGGGUUUUAAGUUCUUGGAAAAGGAAGAUAAGAAGCGCUUUGUUGAAGAAGGAUUUACCUAUUGUAUUCUUCUUGGAAAAUAUUAUUUCAAGGACUUACUGUGCUGGCCUACAUUGUCACUUAAGAAGUAUAUUUGGCAAGUGAAAGAGACGCUUCUGUGAAAUCAUGUUUGUGACCGUCAGAUAUGGAGACCACCGAAGUCGUAUAUUUAACGCCAACUGUAGGAACGACAUCCUACUUCACCACAUCAAAUCUUGCUGCGACUGCGGAGACAGUGAUAUAAUAGACUUGUCUGAUGAAAAAGGACGGGUUAAAAACCUACGAAAUAAUCUAAACGAUUAUGGAACGGAUUACCUAAAGAGAAGAGAAUCUCUCAUUUUACUCAGAGUUGAUCACUCAAAAGGAGAAGACAACCAAGAGAGCUUGAAGUUUAUCCCGCUGCUAGCAGGUCUCAAAGGAAACAGAGAGUUUACAGAAGCACUUAAUCCCAUUCGAGAAGAGACGGCUUCAAGUGGCACCACAAACACACAACCAAGCAAGACCAGACGAAGAUCUUCCAUCGUGGACUUCAACCUAGAAGAUCUGAAAAACGGGAAGACAAAAACAAAAUCUAAUAGUUCUAGUGCGUCUAGGAAGUCAAUAUCACGACGUUCCACAACGCGGACAUUAAUCAAAUCCAAGUAGCACUGUCCCAAACGGCAGACCUAGUUGUUUCCACGGAGACGGUUACUUCCGGUCAGACGAGCACGAUGAGUGUACCCGACGUUCACUCGGUCAUGACAUGGUAAACAUUUCGGAAAAGAAGCACAAUUUCAUAUCAUUGUGUAUGUUUGAUCGGGGGGUGAUAUUUCGACGUUUCAGAGACCACAUAAUGAUAAUUGAGUGAUUGAUUUGGUUUGGUGAGUAAAAAUAGAUAAUUUUUAAUCCAGUUGGAGACAGUUGAAACGCUAGUCCAUAUGUGUGAUUGGCUGGUUGAAAGAGGUAAAGGUAGUCCCAUGUUCUAUAUAUCACAGCCAUGUGUUAAUCAUGUUUCGAACCUUUCCCUAUACACUCCAUUAGCCUUAGGCGUGUCAGAAACCUUUGAUCGUGGGUCCGAUUCCCGGUUGAUCAGAUCAUGUUUCUAUGUUUGUCAGUACCAUACCCGUGUUCGUGGGUUUCACCAAAGAGGUAAACGUCUGUGAUAUGCAUCACUUCGGGCUUUCCUACAAGAAUAGGUCCCCGGAACGCUGUUUGGUGAGUGAGUGAGAGUGUUGGGUUUAACGCCUCUUUGAACAUUGUAACAGUUAUAUCACGGCGUGUCAGCCUAAUGUUUAGGGAAUGUCUCUAUGGCAUGUCGUAAGAGGCGACUGAAUUCGAUCUGGUAGUCAGGCUGACUUACUUAGGUGACUGCAUGUAAUCGUGUAAUGGCGGCAUGACCAAUCUUUCAAUCACUGGUGAGCCUGUUCCAGACUGGCUUAUGUGCAGGUCGCCGUGAUAUGGCCGGAUUAAUUCUGACUGAUACGUAAAACAAACAAACAAUGAAAACAAGAUACUAAAUCACAUGUCAGCAUUUGUUUCUUGUUUUGUUUCACAUUUGAUGCAUUAAUAAAGAAACAAAUUGUCA